AUGAGCUUUCAGCUGGGCAAUUCCGAUCCCAUAGAAAUAGGUGUCAUCACCAUAGUUGAGCUUGGAGAACUUGUGGUGGGGAUCUUGCACAAGCUCACCUGUGCUUUACAAGUGAAACACGCUGAUGAGCAUGCACCUGUGCUAGGGUCCAAGGAAGGUAUUCAGGAAGCUUUGGGGGAAUACCAAACAGUGCUAGACAAGUAUUGA